AGCAUCUCUCUCAAGCAACUUUUCGACGAGCCGCUGCGACCUCGUUACGAGAAUUAUUUGAGCAACCGUAUGGAGAGGAAAGUAAGGAGGCGUUCGUGUGAAUUGAAUGGAUUUGAGUCGGCAUGGCAUUUCUGAGGCUAUUUCUGAACGUCUCACUAAUAUUUAUUAUCUCGACGGCUCUUCCUCUCGACGAUGAUUCGGGAAACAGCUCACAGACCAAGGUUAAUUACCGUUUACCAGACAACGUGGUGCCGGUGCACUACAACAUCAAGCUAAUACCGUAUAUCGUAAAGGAUAACUUUACUUUCGACGGCGAAACGAAUAACGACAUAGUGAUUCGUCGCGCUACGCGAGAGUUACGUUUGCACGCAUUGGAACUGACAAUAGAUGAGGGAGUGACGUCGUUAGUUAAUAGCGACGGAAUCGUCUACAUACCGGAAGUGCAUAAUUACGAGAACGUAACAGAAAUGUUGAUUCUUGAAUUCAACGAUGAAUUAACUCCUGGACGUUACAUCCUAAAUUUAAAAUUCGUCGGUAUUCUGAAUAACAACUUGACGGGCUUCUUUAGAACGGGUUAUUAUACCGAAGAAGAUAAUGUAGUGUUGGUGGCUGUAACGCACUUCGAGGCGACCUCGGCGCGUCGAGCGUUUCCAUGCUGGGACGAGCCGGCAUUAAAAGCCACCUUCAACAUCUCCAUAAAGCACUAUCGAAAUUACACCGCUCUGUCAAAUAUGCCGGCGCUGGCACAUUCGAAUGAAAGCGACGAAGACGAUAUGAUAUGGACGCACUUUGACAUGACCCCAGUCAUGUCGACUUAUCUCGUCGCGUUUGUGGUGUUGUGCGGUUAUGUUCGCGUUCCUAACGCGGACGAAACCGUCAACAUGUGGUCCCCGCCGGAUGUGGCGCCAUACUCAACAUUCGCGCAGCAGAUCGCUCAGCGAAGUAGAGAGCUGUUGACGCAAUACACCAACAGUACCGAUAAAGUUCCAAAAAUGGACCACGUAUCAUCCCCGGCCUUAUCAGCCGGUGCCAUGGAAAAUUGGGGACUUAUCAUUUACACGGAACGCGAUUUCAUGCUCAAUGAAGAGAAAGAUACCACGCCGCAAAAACGCAGAGUAGCCGUGGUAGCUGCGCAUGAAAUGUCCCACCAGUGGUUUGGUAAUUUGGUCAGCCCAUCAUGGUGGACCUAUGUAUGGUUAAAUGAAGGAUUUGCGUCUUUCUUCGAAGCUUACAUACUUGAUAAGUUGUUCGAUGAUUGGCGAAUGAUGGACAUUUAUGUAAUCGAAAAACAGCAAGCUACUUUUUAUCGUGACGUUGGUAAGGAAAUGACGUCAAUUUCAGCGGAAGUGAACAGUCCUGAAGAAAUUAAGUCACUCUUCGAUACUACCACUUACGGCAAAGCACCUGUUAUAUUGCGCAUGUUGCAACAUAUUAUUACUGAUGAAGUGUUUCGGAACGGUCUUAUUAGAUAUUUAAACAUUCAUCAGUUUAACUCGACCACUUCCGACGACUUAUGGAAUGCCUUGCAAGCAGCUCUAGACGAAUCAAACGUUCCGCACAACAACUAUAAAUUGAAAGAAGUAAUGGACACGUGGAUAACACAAAGGCAUUACCCUGUGGUACGUGUGAUUCGUAACUAUGAUACUGGCGAAGUAACACUGAUGCAAGAACAUUCCAGCCCGUACAUAUCAGGCGAAAACCCCUCGAUCGACGACGAUAUAUGGUGGAUACCUAUAACUUUCACUACUCAAACGAAUCUUAACUUCUCUAACACCUUGCCCACUCAUUGGUUGAGACCGCAGGAUCAAAAUAUAACCAUUAGCGGAAUUAACUCGAAAGACUGGCUCAUAGUCAACUUACAACAGAUAGGAUACUAUCUCGUCAAUUACGAUGAGGCGAACUGGAAGAAGAUUACGGACUACCUCAAUACAGACGAUUAUACGAAGAUACACGUGCUCAAUCGGGCUCAGAUUAUUAAUGACGCGUACCAUCUUUUGGUGGCGAAUCGACUGAAUAUAACCAUAUUUCUGGAUAUCAUGAAUUACAUGCAGAAAGAAACGGAGUAUAUACCGUGGUGUGCUAUGUUCCUCAUUUUCACCACCCUGAAGGAUGUCCUCCAGAUACCAGGAACUGAAUUUCUGAAGGUAACCAUAAUUGCAAUGAUGAACAGUCUUGUCGAGAACGUAGGAUAUGAGGAAAAUCCUACCGACAGUGAUCUUACGAAGAUCAAAAGAUUAGAGGCCUUAAAGUGGGCGUGUAGUUUCGAUCACAUUGAAUGCAGAAGAAUGGCCGCUAUGAAAUUGAACGAACAUCUCGCGAAUCCUGAGAAGAACAAAGUUCCGCCGAACCUGAAGGAGUGGACAUUUUGUAACGGUAUUAUGGACGCGAACUUGUCUACUUGGAAUAAUGUGAUGGAUAUAUAUGCCGAGAAUCGUUUUAUUUCACAGUAUCUGAGUUGCUCUGAAAAUCCGGAGAUUAUCAUCGAUUAUAUGAAAAUAGCCGCAACGAACAACACAAUAAUAAAUGACGGUGACUACUAUAUGAUUUAUAAUGACGUGGUGGAGAAGCAUGCGAACAAGGAUUUAAUAUAUAAUUAUUUAUUGGCGAAUCUGGAACAAGCCACCUCCAGGAAAGUCAGUAUAAAACACGCAUUAUGUGGUAUCAUCAGCAAUGUGCAUUCCAAGCAAAAGCUAGAUAAGAUAAACGAAUUUAUGAAUAAUAAUUACAAGGAGGACGAAGAGUUAUUUAAAUGCGUCCAAGAAAAAAUAGAUGAGCGCAUGUCUGAACUAUUACGAAUAUAUCGUACGUUUGUAAAAUUUACAAGCACGAUCGAAGAAAAACAAAAUCAGAAAAAUCACGAUCUAUUCUAA